AUGAGUGGCUUGGACGCUCCCGAGAUCGCGGAUGCAUAUAAUGCAGUUCGCAGUGACAAUGACGCAACCAAUUGGAUGCUCAUCUCCUAUGCAGCAGCAACUGGGAACAAACUGUCUUUGAGUGAGAAAGGCACAGGAGGGAUUGCCGAACUGGCGGCCUCGCUUGACGAUGCCCAGGUCCAGUAUGGCUAUGUACGUGUUGAGUACGCCAACGACGCCGAGAGCACCCGUGUCAAGUUUGUCCUGGUUGUGUGGAUUGGCGAACACACCAAAGUAAUGCGCAAGGCACGGGUGAGCGUGGAGAGCGGCGACGUCAAGCGCAUUCUGUCUCACCACAGCAUCGCUAUUACCGCCGGCGACCGCUCCGAGCUGGAGGAGAAAGAUGUGGUUGCGAGGCUGCGCAAGGUUGGCGGUGCCGACUACGACGGAGGUCGAGGAUGA